CUGCCUCGCUCAAUUGUGAAGUUGCGCCAAAAGGGUUUAGUUUGAUAUUACUAUAAGUAAAAAAAGUCAAAUUUUUGCAUUCCAUCUCCCACUGCUUCUUAACAGUGUUAUUCUGGAUACCAUUCGAAAACAUAUAGUGAUUUGAAUUUGCCACUUUAUUGUAUUAUUCUCCAGGUAUUCUAUUCUAAAAGUGAAUAGAGAUUUACCAAAUAAAAAUAAACGAGAAAAGGCAAACACAUCCUCUGAUAACUGAUAAGAGCAGAGACCUUAUAAUUAUCCAAGGUUACACAACCGACGCACUGGGGCCAGCGCAGUACAUCAACAUCCUGCCAUGAGCGUCAAUACAGUCCUAGGUGAAGUGAAGGCGCAGGACCUCGGUAUAACGCUGACGCACGAACAUAUUUCACUGAGGUUCGAGGAAUUCUACAAAUCGCCACCUCCGAUUCUCAGGAAGAAGUUCGACGGAGGGGUUGGACUUCACAAUUUGGCCUACAUUAGGCAAUACCCGUACAGUAGUAAGCUCAACAUAGACUUCACUGACUCCGAUGCAGCUUUGGAUGGCGUCAAACUAUUUUCCGAGGCAGGCGGUGGCACCAUUGUCGAAUGCACAUCCUGGGGCAUCAGCCGAAAUCUUGGGCUCAUGAAGAACAUCAGCAAAGCGACUGGUGUGCAUAUUGUAGCAGGAACCGGACAUUAUGUUUCGGCAGCACACAGCCCUGAAACAUUAAAGAUGCCCUUGGAGGAAAUGGUGAAACUGAUGACGACGGAACUGACUGAAGGUUGCAUCGACGAUCCGGGGGUCAAGUGUGGUGUCAUUGGGGAAGUUGGCAGCUCAUGGCCCAUUCAUGAUUUCGAGAGACGCUGCAUCGUGGCGACUGCGAUGACACAAUCCGACCUGAAGUGCCCUGUUACUUUCCACCCAGGCAGAAACAGAGAGGCCCCGUACGAGAUCAUCAGAAUUUACAGCGAGGCAGGAGGUGACCUUAAGAAGGCGGUCAUGGGCCACCUUGACAGGGCAUACAAUUAUAAUAAGAGGUAUGGCUUCCGCUGUCAUACCCACAUAUUCAAGGAGGAGACUGAAAAGGUUCUGGAUGAGAGAUCUUUCUCAACAAAUCAUGAUAGUUAA